AUGAUGUGGAGGAGCAUUGCUGGGUUUUCGAAGUCGGUGGCGGCAAGAGCCCACGGAUCUCGGCGGUGCUUUUCGACGGCGAUUCCUGGUCCUUGUAUUGUUCAUAAGCGUGGUGCUGAUAUUCUUCACGAUCCGUGGUUUAAUAAGGACACAGGUUUUCCUUUGACUGAGAGAGAUAGAUUGGGGCUAAGAGGAUUGCUUCCUCCUCGUGUUAUAUCCUUUGAACAACAAUAUGAUCGUUUCAUUGAGUCUUUUCGGUCGCUAGAGAGGAACACACAAGGGCAGCCAGAAAACGUGGUCUCAUUAGCAAAAUGGAGGAUUUUGAAUAGAUUGCAUGACCGUAACGAGACUUUGUACUAUCGAGUUCUUAUGGAUAACAUCAAAGAUUUUGCUCCGAUUAUAUACACUCCUACAGUCGGAUUGGUUUGUCAGAACUAUUCCGGUUUGUAUAGAAGACCGCGAGGAAUGUACUUCAGUGCAAAAGACAAGGGAGAGAUGAUGUCUAUGAUUUAUAACUGGCCAGCUCAGCAGGUGGAUAUGAUUGUCAUCACAGAUGGUAGUCGCAUUCUCGGCUUAGGAGACCUGGGGGUGCAAGGAAUUGGGAUUCCUAUUGGGAAGCUCGACAUGUACGUGUCUGCAGCAGGAAUCAAUCCGCAGAGAGUUUUGCCAAUUAUGUUGGAUGUGGGAACGAAUAAUGAAAAGCUCCUACAGAACCCUCUCUAUUUAGGACUCAGACAACCUAGGUUGGAAGGAGAGGAGUACCUUGAGAUUAUUGAUGAAUUUAUGGAAGCUGCAUUUACACGUUGGCCUAAGGCCGUCGUACAGUUCGAAGAUUUCCAAGCGAAAUGGGCUUUUGAAACUUUGGAAAGAUAUCGGAAGAAGUUUUGCAUGUUCAAUGAUGAUGUCCAGGGAACUGCUGGUGUUGCUCUAGCUGGACUAUUGGGAACUGUAAGAGCCCAAGGUCGUCCCUUGUCGGACUUUGUGAAUCAAAAGAUUGUUGUGGUUGGAGCUGGAAGUGCGGGGCUCGGUGUAACGAAGAUGGCAGUACAGGCAGUUGCGAGAAUGGCUGGCAUCAGCGAGAUUGAUGCAACGAAAAACUUUUACCUGAUAGAUAAAGAUGGUCUUGUCACCACGGAGAGGACGAAAAUUGACCCAGCAGCUUUAGCAUUUGCCAAAAAUCCAGCUGAGAUACGCGAGGGAGCAACUAUCGUUGAAGUGGUGAAGAAGGUGAAGCCACAUGUUCUUCUUGGUUUAUCUGGAGUUGGUGGUAUCUUCGGUGAAGACGUUCUCAAGGCGAUGCGAGAAUCUGACUCAUGCAAGCCCGCCAUUUUUGCUAUGUCGAAUCCCACCUUGAAUGCUGAGUGCACUGCUGCUGAUGCUUUCAAACACGCCGGAGGAAACAUAGUGUUUGCAAGUGGAAGCCCAUUUGAGAACAUUGAACUUGACAAUGGUAAAGUAGGACAUGUGAAUCAAGCCAACAACAUGUACCUAUUCCCAGGGAUCGGGUUAGGGACUCUUCUUGCUGGUGCACGUAUUGUAACUGAUGGAAUGCUGCAAGCAGCUGCCGAAUGCCUUGCGUCUUACAUGACUGACGAGGAAGUCCAGAAAGGCAUACUAUACCCUUCAAUCAACAACAUCCGGCACAUAACAACUGAAGUCGGGGCCGCUGUUCUACGAGCUGCGGUUUCUGAUGACAUUGCAGAAGGACACGGCGAUGUUGGUCCCAAAGAUCUAAGUCUCAUGUCUAAGGAGGACACAGUGAAUUACAUCACACGCAACAUGUGGUUCCCAAUCUACAGUCCCCUUGUUCACGAGAAGUAG